GAGAAGUAAGAGCCGCAACGCAGCCCAAGCUUCACAAGAGAAGAGAGUCUCCCGUUGCAAAGGUAUCAUCGAAGUCGGUUCUUCAACGACCGAACUUCGCAGAAUGGAGAAUCCCGAAGAGAAUCGUCAGAAACUGGUCGAUCGGCAUCGCCCAAUUACUAAUGAGGACGAAGGCCAAGACCCAAGGACGAAGGACGGCGGUGGCGGGGGCGGGGUCCAAAACUUCGCUUUCAGCUCUCUGCCAUCCUCGCUCCUGAACGACGGAAGCGAUGAUGAUGAUGGCGGGAGCGGGGUCCAAGUCUUCGAUUUCAGCUCUCCGCCAUCCUGGCUCCUGAACGACGACAGCGAUGAUGAUGAUGGUCGUCCGCCACCUCCCCCCGCCGAGGAUGAUGAUGAAUUAGAGGAGCAAGGCUAAAAUCUAAGAGCAUCAAUGUAAAGCCUAUCUUCCGGUCUCACACAGAACAGGAACAGAAACCGGAAGAUAGGCCUGUCUGCUUGCUUCCUCUGGGAGCGGUAACCGUGAGCCUCAAUCUACGUCCUUCAAUACGGUCGGGACAGUGCUUUUGAGCUUUCAGUUUUGUCCUAGAUGCACAGCUUCGGCUUUUGCCAUUUGUGUGAUGCUCCUCGCUCCUUAAUAGAGGCAUGGCUUCGAUCGUAAUUCAAGUAUACUGAUUACAUGUGCAAUAUAUGCAGUACAUGUCCUCCCAGCUUCUACAGGCCUGAAACACAUCACCAC